GAAAUAAUAAGAUACGUGCGAUAUUUUUAGCUAUUAUCAGUGAGGGUAAUAUAAUAUAUUUUCUAAGAAUCGAUUGGAUUAGUAGCAUCGCACCUCUUAUUUCUCGACAUAUCCAAGCUCGUCAAAAUAUUCUUGAUCGUCUAGUUCUUCCAGCUCAUCUCUUAUUAUUUCGCUACGAGAAGGGUCUCCCUCUCUUAGUACCAUCUCUUCUAGUUGCUUUUCCUUUUGUUACUUUGAAAGUAGCUGCUUCGGCUUCAGCCACUCGAAUUUUCGAUAUUCCUUUUUAUUUCUCAUUAAACGAAUGGCAUCUUCUUUUGGAAAUCCUAGCUAUUCUUAGCAUGAUAUUGGGAAAUCUCAUUGCUAUUACUCAAACAAGCAUGAAACGUAUGCUUGCAUAUUCGUCCAUAAGUCAAAUCAGAUAUGUAAUUAUUGGAAUAAUUGUUGGAGACUCAAAUGGUGGAUAUGUGAGCAUCAUAACUUAUAUGCUGCUUUAUAUCUCCAUGAAUCUAGGAACUUUUGCUUGCAUUGUAUUAUUUGGUCUACGUACAGGAACUAAUAACAUUCGAGAUUAUGCAAGAUUAUACACAAAAGGUCCUUUUUUGGCUCUUUCCUUAGCUCUAUGUCUCUUAUCUCUAGGAGGUCUACCUCCACUAGCAGGUUUUUUCUAAUUAUUUGAUCGAUGGGAUUUGAAUCCUGCUCAUCCGCUGUUAUUGUCAUUUCUUGAUUAUUAAAAGGGUGGUCUUCCUCAAUCAACAAUCUUUCUCUAUUGAGAAUAUCUAUUCUCUGUUUAAAUUCAUGAUAAUCAGUACUAAUAAGUAUAGCAUGAAUCUUAUUUAUCCAAGGUGUAUUCAUGUAUCUUUUUAUAUAACUUUCCUUUGGGGAAAAUAAUUUUUGUAUUAUGCCACGAUCAAAUCCAUAAAGGAACGAGUCAUAUUUUUGAGGAUAGUAUUCCUCUUUAGUUUCAUUUUUACACAAUCGAGAUUUUUUUUGGAGUAUAUCCAGAUCAAAAGAUUUUUUCUCUAAAGUUUCGACUCGAUUUAGAAAUUCCUUACUUAGAUUUCUUGCUUUUAGUUCAUUGGUAGAACUCCAACGAUUUUCUAAUUCAUCAUAAGCAAAAUUGUCUGUCGUGAAAAAAGAUAUCCUUUUUUGUAUCAUUUCUAGAUCAAGACAUAAUAAUCAGAAAGAUGGAUAGAGUUGAUUUUUUUAGAACUGAAAUUUGCAUUUUACUGAAAUUUUUCGAAGAUUCCACUGUUCAAAAAAAAUAGAGAUUUUUACCUAUGUAGUCCUAUGUAGUUUUUAAUAGAAUAUGAUUGAAGUGGUGGCAUAAGAAAGCAUAAGAAAAGCUUGUGUAUUUAUUAAACAUAUGCGGAUAUAGCUAUCUAUGCUUUUUUCCUUGACUUUUAUUGCAUUAUAGCUUUAUUGGAGACAACACAUGUUCUACUCCAUCCAAAAUUCUAGUUUUCUUCAAUUGAAAAAUUGAAACACGAUAAUUUUUUGCUAAUUCUCUACGAACAUCAUAUAUAGAAAAAAUGCUCCAUUCGAUAACCAUAGUUGUAUAACAGAUAACCACAGUUGUAUAACAACUUAUGCACUGGGGUUUACACAUCCUCCUAAUUGCUGUUAUA